AUGACUGAUUUGCCGGAUGUGCAGCUGGACUCGCCCUCAUCCAGCCGCAAUCUGGGGCGAGCGAACUGGAAUGAGGUUUCCUUGGAUCUGCCUUCGCCCACCAGUUCAGCGUCGCCUCUUCGCCUACCCUUACGAAGCCGCUCUGCAGCUGCGCUUUGGCAGAAUGCCCGACUGAGCCUCGUGGCAUCGCCUUCGCGCCUGGACCAAAUCUACAGCACGGAAGCCGAAGCCGAGGGGCCCGGGAGUGACCCGACCAGUCGGUGCUCCAGUCCGGAUGGCUACCAGCGACGGGCAGCGAAAGAGCUGCGUUUCGACCCGGGCAGCCUGAGCUUGGAAAGCCUCGCCUUGGAACGACGCUUGGCACCAGAGAGAGAGGAGUUUCUAUGCCGGCAACUUGACGAAGCCUCAGACGAGAUUGACCGUCUCUGCAUGGAACGAGAUGAUGCCUUGAAGAAGGCUCAUGAUCUUGCGAAGGUCCUUCGGGAGCAGGAUUUGGCGCAAGAGAAGUCUGCCAGAGACUCUGUCCCGGCAGCACGCCAGCACCACGAUGACGGGAACAGCUCUGACGACAACACGGUACAUGGGCGUGAGCGUAGAAGAGCAUCAUGCCCUGCGAAUUGGCCGCCACCAAGUCCUGAGCAAGAGGCAGCCAAGCCUCCUAAGCCUAAGGUGGACAGUGCUUCUAUUUUUGCUGAACGACGCCACUGGCAGCAAGAGCUUCAGGAGUUCGAAAGCUACCAAGACAAUCUGAAGCAGACAGAAAUGGAAUUGAAGGAGGAGGUGCGGGCUGCAUGGAGCGAGUCACAGUCGGCGAUCGAGCGCAUGACUUUGCAAGAGGUCCAGAUGGAAGUGUGGCGAAGCGAGGUCGCACAGGCUCGCGAGAUGCAAAGUGAAGAAGCCGUCAUGCGAUACAAAGAGUCCAUCAGCUGCAGCGCGCAGCAACACAGGCUGAGGCAAAAUCUACUCACGACUCUGGCACUACAAGCCUCUCUGCUUGUGAGUGGAUGCUUCGGAGCUUGGAGCCACACGGUGCCACUUGUCCCAAGAGCUGUAGCUGAACGCACCACGGGGAAUCUGACUGGGCCGCCUUGGCCCUUGUGA